UUUAACUCCAACUCUAACAUCUCAACCUAAAAUCCUCAUCUUUCCCUAUAAAUAAUAGGCCAGAACCUACGUUUUCUUCAUCCCAAAAAAAAACUACGAAAUAUACAUACACAUAUACGUAUAUAUAUAUAAAAAUUGCGACCCAGCGUUUUAGCCAGAACCAAGCCUUGAAAAUACUUCUCAAACCUUCCCCUUCGUGAUACGAAUCCAACGGAAAAAGAAUCGUCGAAAACGGUCGUGAAACGAGGGAGAAAAGCCUCGCCGGAGAUUCGCCGGAGAAAAACUUUUCGACGGAAAACGGAGAAGAGGGAGGAGCUGCCGCUGCCGCCAACCCACCAACGUCAAUCGCCGUCCCAAACGGAGCCAAUAGCCGGCCGUUUCGCUCGUCCGACGAGGUGAUUAUCUAGAGACCGGAUUAGAGGAGGAUAACUAGGAGCAACAGGACUUAAGGUGUCCCAGUAAGUAUGAUGAACGUCAAAGGCCUCGCCCGAUUCAAGAACAAACCGGCCAAGGAUCCGAAGGGGCCGGACGCAGGUGGCCAGAAGCCCCUCGGUGCGCCCCUCAAAAAGCCCGAGGGCGAUGCUGCUGUGGCUGAGAGAAAGCCGUCGGCAAAGGAGCCCCCCCAAGCCCCUAAGAAGUUAAAGAAGGGGGAUGCCGCGAAGGAUGACCCCCCGGUGGUGAUUGUAGAUGACCCUCCGGUGAUGCCGACGGCGCAGGUGCCGGGGGUGGUCCGGGAGCCAUCUCUCGAGGUCCUCACGCUCUCCCUUCCGGCUGGUACGGCCGUGUUGAAUGGCACGGCCGACCCGAGGGCGCUCCUGAAGGGUAUAACCCUCGAUAUUGACAGGGCAGCUCUCGGGGAUGAUGAUGAUCAAGCCCUUGAAGACAGGAUCCUCCGGUCUUCCCUCACGACUUGCGUUGCCCUCGGGGAGCAGUUCCGACGGCUGGAGGAAUGGCGCCUCCUCAAAGCUAAGCAAGAAGCCAAGAUGAAGGAGCUGAUCCUUAGGGACUCCCAGGCCACGAAGCUGAUGGCCCAGCUCGAGGAGGAACUCCGGCUAGCGAGGGCGGAGUCCGAGAGGCUCAGGGGGGAGAAGGCAGAAGCUGAGGCGGCCGCUGCGGAGACCGCAAGGAGAGCAGCCGAGGAGGCCGAGGCCAUCAAGGCGAAAGCUGUUGCCACAGCCCGGGAGGAGGCCAUCUCCGGGUUCCUGGACGGGGGGUGGAAGACCGAGGGGCACAAGGCAUGGUUGUCUUCGGUCGUUGAGGCCUCGGUUGAUGAAUGGUCCGAGGGCCCGGGGGAGGAGUGGAUGGCCCGGAAGGGUAAGCAAUAUUAUGAUGGGGACGAGUUCUUUACUCAAGCCCUCAUCUACCGGAGGAUGGCCCGCCAUCUGAAGGUUGAGCCGAAGGACUUUGAUCCGGCGGCGUACGGGCUCCCCCCUCUGCAGCCAGAUAUCCGUAUCCCCCUCCCCCCUGAUGUCGAGAGGCCAGACCUGGAGGAUUCCGAGCUCCGAAGGGAAGCCGAGGGCGACGAUCCAGAUGCAGAAGUUUCCUCGAAGCCCCCGGGAAUGACAUGAUUUGAUAUGUAUCUGUAAUUUGAACAAUUUUGUAAUAGCUUCGGCCUAAUCAAUGUAAUAACUAUAUUCACUCUUUGUUGUGAUGAAUGAUUGAAUGCCUUCGGGCUUUGUAUAUAUGAAUUGUUUUUCCAAUUC